GCGAAUUCUGGCGACGACGGGAAGAAGCCCCCUGUGCCGCGCACGUGCCUGAAGAGUUGGGAGACGAUCCCGAAGUCUUUCCUGAACGCAUGCGGCCGUGGGAAAUUCGACGUGAUGCCCGCCCGCGAACUCUGGGGUUUGUGCAACGUGAAGCAAAAGACGGGUGCUGUCUACGCCACAGAGUUGGCCAGCGAGCAUGAUGAAAGGCGCAGGGUCGACGUGAAGCGCUGGCUGCAGAGCCGGGGCGAGCGGGUGCAGGUGGAGGCGUGCAUGAAAACAGACAUCGCGCGCCUGCUGUACGAGGAGAUCGACAAGGUCCUUCCGGCGAUAAAGAAGAUCCUGGCGCCGAAAAAGGAGCACCGCAAAGACGGGAUCGACCAGCUCCGGA